GUUGAAAUGCAAUUUGUAAUUUUAUACGGUAAAAUGGAGAGACUAUAAAGAAAUAUAUAUAUUUUUUCAAAAAAUACUUCCGAAUACAACACAACAGAUCUCUCUCUCUCUCGCGCUCUCGCUCUCCGGUCACUCAAAUCACACACACGAUGUCCCAAGAAAACUCAGAUUACGAAGAAGGAGAAGAAGAGGACGAGCCGAGGCUCAAGUAUCAGAGGAUGGGCGGUAGCGUGCCCUCACUUCUAUCAAACGAUGCCGCCACGUGUCUCGCCGUUGCCGACCGCAUGAUCGCCCUCGGCACUCGGAAUGGUACCGUUCACAUUCUCGAUUUUCUCGGUAAUCAGGUGAAGGAGUACCCUGCACAUACAGGUGCUGUCAAUGAUCUUUGCUUUGACGUAGAGGGCGAAUAUAUUGGUAGCUGUUCAGAUGAUGGAUCAGUAAUCAUAAACAGUCUCUUUACAGAAGAGAAACUGAAGUUUGAUUAUUAUCGCCCAAUGAAGGCUAUUGCUGUAGACCCAUAUUUUGCAAAAAAAUCAUCUAGAAGAUUUGUGGCUGGUGGUUUAGCUGGCCAUUUAUAUAUCAACACGAAAAAGUGGAUUGGCUACGGUGACCAGAUUCUUCACUCUGGUGAAGGUCCUAUUCAUGCAGUGAAAUGGAGAACAAAUUUGAUUGCUUGGGCUAAUGAUGCAGGAGUUAAGGUUUAUGAUAGCGCUAACAAUCAGCGUAUAACUUUUAUUGAAAGACCUCGCGGGAGCCCAUUCCCUGAGAUUCUUCUCCCUCACUUAGUUUGGCAGGAUGACAGCCUCCUGGUAAUUGGUUGGGGGACAUCUGUGAAAAUUGCAUUGAUAAGAGCAAAUCAAAACAAUACCACCAGUGGGCCAUAUAGGCAUAUAAUGUCUAAUAUGAACAAGGUUGAUAUUGUCGCUUCUUUUCAAACCGGCUAUUACGUUUCAGGAGUUGCACCUUUUGGUGAUAAUUUGGUUGUUCUAGCUUAUAUACCAGGAGAAGAAGACAGAGAAAAGGAAUUUAGUAACUCUGUUCCUUUGCGCCAGGCAAAUGCUCAGAGACCAGAAGUGCGUGUAGUCACAUGGAAUAAUGAAGAGCUUGCAACAGAUGCACUACCUGUGCAUGGAUUUGAGCAUUAUAAAACAAAAGACUACUCCCUUGCUCAUUCACCAUUCUCGGGGAGCAGUUAUGCAGGGGGUCAGUGGGCAGCUGGUGAUGAACCAUCGUAUUAUAUUGUAUCCCCAAAGGAUGUGAUUAUCGCAAAGCCUAGGGAUGCAGAAGAUCACAUAUCUUGGCUUCUUCAACAUGGAUGUCACGAAAAGGCCUUGGCAGCAGUUGAAGCUGGGAAGGGGCGGAGUGAACUUAUUGAUGAGGUUGGUUCAAGAUAUCUUGACCAUCUAAUUGUUCAAAGAAAAUACGCCGAGGCUGCAUCUUUAUGUCCCAAAUUGUUACGGGGUUCUACUUCUGCGUGGGAGAGAUGGCUUUUCCACUUUGCUCAUCUUAGACAGCUUCCUGUUUUGGUUCCAUAUAUACCAACAGAAAAUCCUAGACUGCGUGAUACGGCUUAUGAGGUUGCUCUUGUAGCUCUUGCGACAACUCCAGACUUCCACAAGGAUCUACUGUCAACUAUUAAAUCGUGGCCUCCUGUAAUAUAUUCCGUUAAGCCUGUUAUUGCAGUUAUUGAACCACAGAUUGACUCUUCAUCUGUGACAGAUGCGCUCAAAGAGGCAUUGGCAGAGUUGUAUGUUAUUGACAAGCAAUAUGACAAAGCCGUUGCACUUUAUGUUGAACUUAUGAAGCCAAAUAUAUUUGACUUCAUCGAGAAGCAUAACUUGCAUGAUGCUGUUCAUGAAAAGGUUGUGCAACUGAUGACAAUUGAUUGUAAGCUGGCAGUUCCGUUGUUGGUCCAGCAGAGAGACUUUAUUACACCGUUUGAAGUCGUUUCCCAAAUUUUAGCUGCAAAGAACAACUGUGACUCCAGAUAUUUCUUACAUAUGUAUCUGCAUUCACUAUUUGAAACUAAUCCUCAUGCUGGAAAGGAGUUUCAUGAUAUGCAGGUUGAGCUCUAUGCGGACUAUGAUCCAAAGAUGCUGCUUCCUUUUUUCCGCAGUAGCCAGCAUUAUAAGCUUGAGAAGGCACACGAGAUCUGUCUUAGUAGAGACCUGCUGAGGGAGCAAGUUUUCAUUCUUGGAAGGAUGGGAAAUGCCAAACAAGCCCUCGCAGUUAUUAUUAAUAAACUAGGAGAUAUAGAAGAGGCAGUGGAUUUUGUGAGUAUGCAACAUGACGAUGAACUUUGGGACGAAUUGAUCAGGCAGUGCCUUCACAAACCUGAAAUGAUUGGUAUGUUGUUGGAGCAUACAGUUGGGAACCUCGAUCCACUCUAUAUUGUAAAUAUGGUGCCAAAUGGUCUAGAGAUCCCUCGUCUAAGGGAUCACCUAGUCAAAAUUAUUACUGACUACAGGACGGAAACUUCUCUUAGACAUGGCUGUAAUGAUAUUCUAAAGGCUGAUAUCAUCAACCUCUUAAUUAAAUACUAUAAAGAAGCAAGACGUGCUGUUUACUUGAGCAAUGAAGAGGAUGAAGUACGUGUUAAAAGGGAUGAUAGCAAUGUGUCCCAAUUGACAGAAAGAUCUCUCAGCAUGAAAAAUAUGGAAGUCAAGUCAAAAGUUCGAGCAGGGGGGAGGUGUUGUGUGUGUUUCGAUCCAUUCUCUAUACAGAAUGUGUCCAUCAUAGUAUUCUACUGUUGUCAUGCGUAUCACCUGACUUGCCUUAUGGAGUCUUCCAAUUCUGCAAAUGACAAUAAAAGAUCGAAGGCCACUUCUAAGGAGGCAGUAUCGUAUUAUGAAUAUGAUGAUAGUGAUGCUGAUGAAAGUGACAAUGACAAUAUAUCUUCAGGUGCUCCACAGAUGCGAUGUAUUUUGUGCACUACAGCUGCAGGUUGAGUAAAUGUGCGCACCUGAACAGAUUUUUCUAGGUUGACAUCUAUAGAUAAUAAGUUACAGUAUCAGUAACGUGCUAAUUUACCUUCAAGCAUAUACUUUAACUGACAUUUGCCCAUUUAGAAGUAUACACAGAUCCUAGGUCUUGGUAAAACAUAUUUGGUGAAGGUUCCUUUUAGAGCGUAAUAUUGUAAAAUUUGAUCAAGUGAAAUCCUCAUCACAAUUUUGAGAUUGAUAACUGAGAAUGGAGAGUUAACUUUGUGAAUGGGCUUUCUGCUCAAUGUUUUUUUCCUUUUGAACUCUAUGCAAGGAUAUAUAUUCAAGUUACAACUA